AGCAGUCAUGGGCCAUUCCCUGUUGCUCAGUGUUAUGCCCUGUACCCUGUGAGGCGUGUCCUUAACAGGCAUGCCAGCCCGCCGCUCCAGCCUCUCUGAGUGCUCCUAGCAAAGCGUUACCAUGGAAAUGGCUCGCUAGUGGCCAAGUGGCUGUCUCUGUCGCAGUAGCUGAGUAGCUAGACGACAACGCCCUGCUUACAGGCUACGUUAUCUAGUUCAAGCUCAUCUAUGUGACUGCUAGGACCAUCCAUCCAUCCAGCAGGGUGUAAAAUGUAGGUUACUGUGUACAGUAGUUACUGUGUAAUCUUUGUGAGUGGCAGGCCAUUCUCAUUAGCCCUCUCUUGUGUAGAUGAGAGUGUCAGACAUUCCAAACAAAUGGCUCUUGUUUCACCCCAGCUGUUGAAAUCGAGAUUGCGCAAGAACAAGAACACAUUACAUUACAUUUACGUCAUUUAGCAGACGCUCUUAUCCAGAGCGACUUACAAAUUCCCACAUCCUGAAAAAAAUAAGCACAAAACAGAAUGUCCGCCGGAAUACUGAUGAGAUUGCUUUGGACUUUCUAACAUUCUCUCCCUCCCUCCCUCCCUCCCAUCCCCACCCCUCUCUUUUUCUAUCUUCUCUUUCCUUCUCCCUCUCCUUCUUUCGUUCUCUCGCUCCAGAGCGACAGGCUUCUGGUCAAAGGCGGGAGGAUCGUUAAUGAUGACCAGUCCUUUUAUGCCGACAUCUACAUGGAGGAUGGCGUCAUUAAGUAAGAGAAUGUUUGACCCAUGCAUUGAAAUUUACAUUGACAUUGACGUUGACAUUUUGAUCAUUUAGCAGACACUCUUAUCCAGAGCGACUUACAAUCAGUGCAUUCAACUAAGGUAGGCAAGACAACCACAUAACACAGUCAUUUCAAGUGCCAGACAGAUCCAGACAGAUCCAGUCAUAUCCAGACAGAUCCAGUCAGAUCCAGACAGAUCCAGUCAUAUCCAGACAGAUCCAGACAGAUCCAGACAGAUCCAGUCAGAUCCAGUCAGAUCCAGUCAGAUCCAGACAGAUCCAGUCAUAUCCAGACAGAUCCAGACAGAUACAGACAGAUCCAGUCAGAUCCAGUCAGAUCCAGUCAGAUCCAGACAGAUCCAGUCAGAUCCAGUCAGAUCCAGACAGAUCCACACAGAUCCAGUCAUAUCCAGACAGAUCCAGUCAUAUCCAGACAGAUCCAGUCAGAUCCAGACAGAUCCAGUCAUAUCCAGACAGAUCCAGACAGAUCCACUGUCAGAGUCUACUCCAGUGCACAGUAGUUCAUAUGGUGUGCAGGGCCAGACGAGAGGCAAUGUGGGUGCAUUCCUGCCUGCUCUUGGAGGGGCACUCUUUUUCCCAGUUCCUGUUCCCACUCGAUCAGCCUAUUAGGCCCUUUGUCCUGUGUGCUCCCAUAGAGGAGCUCUGAUAGGAAAAGCACCCGCAGGAAGGUUAGAGCUGCAUACCAAUUAAACAGGCUAGGCCAGGCCAGCCUAGCAUCGACCGCGCUGCUGCUGGCACAGGAAUACAGACGCUGGCUGGCUGGCUGGCUGGCUGGCUGGCUGGCUGGCUGGCUGGCUGUCUGUCUGUCUGUAACCCUCCAAGCUGCUAUUUGACAUGCUCUGAUGACUUUCAUCCAAUGUGGAAGGAUUACAAAUGAUGCUGGGUCACCGCUAACUUUCUAGUUUGAUUAACUUUACUGUACACCAGUCAGUCAUCAGCAAAACUACAUUUCUUAUGAUAUGAUCAUAUAUUCAUUUCGGUUUAUUCAUUAGCUAUUUAGCUAUUAAUGGCAUGAAUUUACAGUAUGUGAAUUUACAUGUGUCAAGUCGAUGAUACCCCCUGACAUGGCUCUUCCUGUCUAAACCUCCAGGCAGAUUGGAGACAACCUGAUCGUCCCAGGUGGGAUCAAGACCGUCGAGGCCAACGGCAAGAUGGUGAUCCCUGGUGGCAUUGAUAUCCACACCCACUUCCAGAUGCCCUACCGGGGUACCACCACCGUGGAUGACUUCUCCCAGGGCACCAAGGCUGCCCUGGCUGGGGGAACCACCAUGAUUGGUGAGGGGAGCCAGAAAGAGAGAGAGAGUGUCAAGGGCACCACACAAAGGGAGGGUGGGGGGCGCGGAGUGGCAAGGGGAGCCUACACAGUGAAACAUUUACAUUACAUUUAAGUCAUUUAGCAGAAACUCUUAUCCAGAGCGACUUACACUUAGUGCAUACAUUACUUUUUUUAUUUAUUUUUUCAUACCCCCCGUGGGAAUCGAACCCACAACCCUGGCGUUGCAAACGCCAUGCUCUACGAACUGAGCUACAUCCCCUGCCGGCCAUUCCCUCCCCUACCCUAGACGACGCUGGGUCAAUUGUGCGCCGCCCCAUGGGUCUACGGGAAACAAUUGUCUACGGGUCCAAACGUUGUACCUGUUUUGAAAUGGACCUGAGGCUUUCCCACCUGGACCCAAUAUACAUAAAUACAUUUAAAAAAUAUAGAGACCCGUUCCGAAUGGACCCGAAGACAACUAGACCCGUUCCGAAUAGACCUGGUCGGAUCCAAACCCAGUCCGAUCCGAGUGAGGGAAGCGGGAGAAAAGUUUUUGAAGCUACUUUAUUAACCGAAGCUGAUAAAGCGCGAGAGGAGGGAGAGGUGCCGCUCUAGCAGGCCAGGGAGGGGCUGUACUGUGAGAGCGUGACAUGGGGAUCAGGGAGGAGGGAGUGACAUGGGGAGCAGGGAGGAGGCAGGGAGAGAUGAGAGACAGCAACCAACCAAGCCGACUUGCGCUAUAGUAGACUAAUAGCUGCUAUAGCUAGGUUAUUUAUCAUUAAAUAUGAUUACGUAAUACCUGUCGUGACUGCAUCAAACCAGGAGAAGCUAGUUAAGCUAGCUAACGUUAGCUAGCUAGGCUAACUGAGGCUGCAGUGCACGCGCAUUCUCAUUCUACUGUUACAAACAACAACAACUCCAUUCAGAAUAUUAAGUAGCAGCCUACCUGUUGACUCUUGGUCGUUGUAGCCUGUUCUUCUCCUUUAACUUUUAAUUCCAUCAUUUUAAUUCCAUCUUCCAUUGAUUAGAUAUCUCCUAACUUUUGCCCCAAACGGAGCGAGGCUCUAUGACUGUAGCCUAUUGCCGCUUUGAUGACCUAUGACUGGCCAUCAACAAGCUACACUCCGCUCUUGUGAAAAGCAAGAGCAGCAGCAUAAAUGAAAACAUUUCUCUCUCUCUCUGUACUGCCACAGUCACGUUCGGAUCUGGACGGGCGCUUCCGGACAAGUCAGUUAAAAUUACACAUACCCAAGACCCAUGACAAUCAUAUCAGAUCCGACCCAGACCCGUUACAUUGUUUAGAAUUCUGGAUCCGGACUCACUCGUGUCCCAGACCAGGCCUCGGGUAUUCGGGUACAGGUCGAUCUGUGAAGACCUGUAGUGUGUGAUGCACCCCGGACUGGGCCCAACACACAGAUGAGCCCAAAGACUGGGCCCAACACACAGAUGAAACAACUGGUAGAUAGUAACUCUUCAUUAUGAUCAACUGGUACUAAACUGUGUGGUGUCUGUUGCCCUGUGAAGGAAGAACUGCCUCCAGCACACUUGUGUACUAUAGUAGCCUAUUCAUCCUCCCAUUCAUGUCUAUGACACAGAGUUACAAGCGACAGCCUCGGUCAGAGAGUCAACUUAGUAAACAACAGAGCUUUUCUUGGCUGCUGUUGACUCAAGAUCGCAUUAACAUGCACAGAGGGAUCUGAGGAGAUUGGGCGGCCUUUAAUUGGAUCAGGAAGUGGUCAGCUGUUCGGGACAGCAGGUGGACAUAUUACAUCAGAGACUAGGACCACUAUAGACAUUGGAGGGGGUGGGGGUUCUCUUUAUCUCUUAUUACUGUGAGUUUAUUUUCGAUUAGCCUCACACUGACAUGAACUGUGAGUUCGAUGUAACCCAAACACACACUCAGACAUACAGACAUUUCCAAUGAUAGGUGACAUUGUAUUGAAAGCCGCUGGCAAAGGACACAGAGACACAGGCAUUGUGAGUUAUAUAACACAAACAGAGUACAAGCAGCACUAGUAACAUCCUCCCUCUCUCUCUCCCUCUCUCUCUUCCUAAUCCCUAUCUCUCUAUGUCCACCCUCUUCACUCCCCUCCCUCCCUCCCUGCAGUGGACCAUGUGAUCCCGGAGCCAGGCAGCAGUCUGAUCGAGGCCUUUGAGCAGUGGAGGAGCUGGGCCGAUGAGAAGACCUGCUGUGACUACUCCCUCCAUGUGGACAUCACCCACUGGAGCGACAGUGUCAAGCAGGAGGUGGACACACUGCUCAAGGAAAAAGGUAACGGCCAACUUCACAACAACAAGGGGAAGGUC